AUGUACAUCAAACAAGUCAUCAUUCAAGGAUUCAAAAGCUAUAAAGAGCAGACGGUGAUAGAGCCGUUUUCGCCCAAGCACAAUGUCAUCGUAGGGCGCAAUGGCUCUGGCAAAAGCAAUUUUUUUGCCGCGAUUCGCUUCGUCCUGGGUGAUGCAUACACACAGAUGGGGCGCGAGGAGCGCAAUGCGCUGCUCCAUGUGAGUACAGGCGCGGCCGUCAUGUCUGCUUUCGUAGAGAUCAUAUUCGACAAUAGCGAUGAUAGAUUCCCGACAGGCAAGCCUGAAUUAAUACUACGAAGAACGAUUGGUAUGAAAAAGGACGAGUAUACACUUGACAGAAAGAAUGCCACAAAGUCAGACGUUAUGAACCUCCUUGAAUCUGCUGGUUUCUCUCGAUCGAACCCUUACUACAUUGUGCCUCAGGGUAGAGUCACUGCACUGACGAAUAUGAAGGAUGGGGAAAGGUUAAACCUACUGAAGGAAGUUGCAGGCACGCAAGUAUAUGAAGCAAGGAGACAAGAGUCGCUAAAGAUCAUGCAUGACACGAAAAACAAGAGGGAGAAGAUUGAUGAACUCCUACAGUAUAUUAGAUCAAGGCUUUCUGAGCUUGAAGAGGAGAAGGAGGAGCUCAAGCAAUUUCAGGAACAAGACAAGGAGCGACGAUGCCUGCAGUAUACGAUUGACCAUCGGGAACAAGAGGCAAUCUCUACUGAACUGGAGGCUCUUGACGAGAAACGUCAAUACGGUGUUGACAAUAAUGAUGAUAGCUCAGCGCGUUUCGUUCAAGGAGAGCAAGAGCUUGCAGAGAUCAACGCUCAAAUGAGCGAGCUAAGACAGCAGGUCGAAUUGUUGAGAGUAGACAGAAUACAGCUAGAAUCGGAGCGCAAAGAAGCGGCAAAACUGAAGGCAAAGGCAGAACUAGAGGUCAAGAAUAUGGCCGAUGGCCAGACUGCCGCCCAGCAGGCCAGGACAGAGUAUGACAGCGAGCUUAAGCAAGUCAAUAGCUCGAUCACAGAACAUGAGGGCAAACUUACAAAGCUUUUGCCUCAAUAUCAUUCCAAACAAGAGGAAGAACGUUCGGCAAAGUUGGAGCUAGACAACGCGGAAGACUCUCGUCGCCGACUCUAUUCCCAAUUAGCAAAAAUAAAAGCUGUCCGGGUGCAGACUGCGGAAGAUAUCACCCAGUUAAACAAGGAGGUUGCAGAUGAGGAAGUUGAAAUUGGGCAUUUGCGUCAGCAACUAGAAAACCGUGGACAGAGUGACGACGAAAUCCAGAGGCAGGUAGACGAAGCCAAGCUUGCGCGUGACAAAUUGAUGGAUGAACGCAAGGAAUUGUGGAGAGAGGAGGCUAAGCUUAGUUCCAUGAUCUCCAAUGCGCACUCAGAACUAAGGACAGCGGAAAAGGAGCUCUCAAAGACAAUGGACUAUAACACCAGCCGAGGUCUAGCAGCUGUACGAAAGGUCAAACAAAAAUAUAACCUUGCUGGUGUCUAUGGCUCACUGGCAGAAUUAAUGGAUGUCGACGAACGCUGGAGGACGGCGGUCGAGGUCACAGCGGGUCAAAGCCUCUUUCAUUGCGUGGUCGAUAAUGACAACACUGCGUCAAAGGUCAUUGAAAUUCUGCAGAAGGAAAAACUUGGCCGACUUACGUUUAUACCGCUCAAUCGUGUCCACCCUAGGCCGAAGACGAUGCCGAACGCCAAUGAUGCAAUACCAAUGAUGUCAAAAAUUCGUUUCGAUAGUAAAUAUGAGAAGGCUUUUGAACAAGUCUUUGGCCAGACGGUGAUCUGUCCCAGUCUCACAAUUGCUGGUCAAUAUGCGCGAAGUCACGGCCUCAACGGCGUAACAUUGGAUGGUGACCGAUCCGAUCGAAAAGGUGCAUUCAGUGGAGGCUCAACAGAUUCGAGACGUUCAAGGCUUCAAUCAGUGCGAAAUGUCGCGAAAUGGCGAGAUGAGUGCGAUGAACAUGAGACUCGAGCAAACGAGGUCAAGCGUGCUUUGGAACGUAAAGACCAGGAGAUCACGCAGGCUGUAGGGGCCCUUCAAAAGAUCGAGCAGAAACGGAGUCAACAAGAAAGCAGCUACGGGCCGCUAAGGCAAGAAAUCCGAAGCAAAUCUGCUGGGCUCGACAACAAGAAGGAUAAUCUAGAUAGGAAACAGCGUGCCAAAGCUAACAUAGAGGCCAGCUUCAAGUCGCUGAAUGAUCAACAAUCUGCACAUGAGACGGAGAUCGCGUCUGCUUUCAAGAAAGAACUCACCCAACAAGAAGAAGCUACUCUCGAAAGACUUAACUCCUCUGUUCAGGAUCUCCGCCGUCAGUAUUCUGAACUCUCUUCCGCACGCUCGAAUCUCGAGUCUGAAAAAACUGUUCUCGAGAUCGAACUCCGCGAGCACUUUCGCCCGCGACUCGACCAGCUCAAAUCCCAAGACUUUGACUCCUCGGAAUUUCGAGGUGGCAGUCGCCGAAGCAAUACCCUCAAGCAAGCCCAAUCCACACUCUCCCGACUUUCCAAGGCCCUCUCAACCAUUGAAUCCAAACUCCAAGAAACCGUCUCCCAGAUCGAAAACACCACCACCAACGUCUCCGCCCUCACAACCCAACACACCGAGAUCAUGACAACCCAAUCCGACAUCGCCAAAACGAUUGAGACACAACAAAAGCGCAUGGAAAAAUCCAUCCAAAAGAGACGCAUUCUGACCGCCCAAGCCGCCGACGUCUCCGCUCGAGUCCGCGACCUCGGCAUCCUCCCCCACGGCGCCCUCGAAAAAUUCGGCAAGACAAAAUCUGACGCCCUCGUCAAGCGCCUGCACAAAGUCAAUGAGAGCCUGAAGAAAUACGGGCACGUGAAUAAGAAGGCGUUCGAGCAGUACAACAAUUUCACGCAGCAGAGGGAGACGCUGACGAAGCGGCGCGAGGAGAUGGAUAGUGGCAAUGUGAGUAUUGAGGAGUUGAUCCAGGUUCUGGAUCAGAGGAAGGAUGAGGCGAUUGAGAGGACGUUCAAGCAGGUCAGUAGGGAGUUUGCAGGGGUCUUUGAGAAGUUGGUUCCCGCGGGGAGGGGCAGGUUGGUUAUUCAGCGGAAAGCGGAUAAGAGGGGGAAUGUGGAGGAGGAAGAAAGUGAUGAUGAGGGGCGCGACGGGAAGGGGGGUAAAGGGAGCGGUGUGGAGAAUUAUACCGGUGUGGGUAUCAGCGUAAGCUUCAAUAGCAAGCAUGAUGAUCAGCAGCGUAUCCAGCAAUUGAGCGGAGGGCAGAAGAGUCUAUGCGCCCUCGCCCUCGUUUUCGCAAUCCAACAAUGUGACCCCGCGCCCUUCUACCUCUUCGACGAAAUCGACGCCAAUCUCGACGCCCAGUACCGUACCGCUGUCGCCAACAUGCUCAAAGACAUCGCGGAGCGCUCGUCCCAGACUCAGAACGGCACGCAGAAUGGCGAGGGGGACGGUAUUGGAGGCGGCCAGUUCAUUUGCACGACUUUCAGACCGGAGAUGUUGCUUGUGGCGGAGAAGUGCUAUGGGGUUCGGUAUUUGGGGAAUAAGAGUAGUAGUGUGGUGGUGGUAGGGAAGGAUGAGGCGUUGAAAUUUGUGGAGGGGGAGAAGCAGUAG